AUGAAGGUGGGAAAGAACAUAAACGCGGUUUUAAUUUGGUCGUUGGAGUCAACGGUGUGUGGUCUAAGGUCCAGUCUGCUAAUUGCUAUAUUCUACCUUUCUGCGCUGGUCCUUCAGGGCGCUGAAAUGUGGCUGAAUAACGCAGACAACGACUUCCAGGACCCGUCAGCCAUGGUGGGAGAGGGUGCACAUUUCUGUCCCGGUCUGGGAGAUGGGAACUUCAUGGCUAUGUUAAGAGACAGUAAUCGUAAAUUCCAGGUAUAUGUCCAGAUGCGCAAGCCUGACAAGUGGGCUAAGGAAGUCAGAUUCGAUACUGCAGACGGGAAAACUAUGAAGGUAAUUGUACUUCAGGAGUUCGCACAAUGGGCCUCGCAAUACAGGCGUAUGAUCGAGGCCUGUGUUGAUUCGGUCGCCUAUUGGACGCUGUCUAUGAGUAUAUGA